CAAAAGAGUUCAUUAUUACUCCAUUAUUACUAUCUGCAGUAGAGCAGCUGGCUGGCCGUAUACGCGUAUACUACGAAAUUGUCCCCCAACCCAACACUUCAAAAUGUAGUACUAAAUCAGGUCUUUAAACCUCACACCUCCAAAAUUCAUUAAAACAAACUCUUCAGCCUCCACAACUUCAUCUUCCUUAUAACUCAAAGGUUAUAUAAUAUACACUUGUCCAAACCCCACACACAUACAUUCCAAAAAAAGAAAUGAAAAGGUGAGGAAUAAAUAAAAAACCCUCUCGCAAUAAGAUGAAGAAAGAACAAACACUCCUCUUUGUUACUUUGUUUCUAACCACACUCUCCCAAUGCAGUACCUCCCAGUCCCACGAAGCGUCAAAUAAUGAAUCCCUCAUAACCAUAGAUGAUCCAUCUCUUGUCUUCGAAAAUAACCGUAUCAGAAACGCUUACAUAGCAUUUCAAGCUUGGAAACAAGCCAUUCUCUCUGAUCCACAAAACUUCACUACUAAUUGGGUCGGGUCCAAUGUAUGCAGCUACACCGGGGUUUACUGUGCACAAGCACUAGACAACCCCAAUAUACGCACGGUAGCCGGUAUUGAUCUCAACCACGCCGACAUUGCCGGUUAUUUACCGGAUGAACUUGGCCUAUUGGUAGAUCUAGCACUUUUCCACAUAAACUCCAACAGAUUCUGUGGCACUGUACCACACAGUUUCAACAAGUUGAAACUUCUAUUCGAAUUGGAUCUAAGUAACAACAGAUUCGCGGGGAAGUUUCCAGAAGUUGUACUACGACUUCCCGUUCUCAAAUUUUUGGAUAUAAGGUUCAACGAAUUCGAAGGUUCGGUUCCUAAAGAGUUGUUUGAUAAAGACCUAGACGCUAUUUUCGUAAACGACAAUCGUUUUGCAUUUGAACUUCCUGAAAACUUUGGAAACUCCCCUGUCUCCGUCGUCGUUUUGGCAAAUAAUAAAUUCCAAGGGUGUAUUCCUUCGAGUUUGGGAAACAUGUCUAAUUUGAACGAAAUUAAUUUCAUGAACAAUGCGUUUAGGUCAUGUUUGCCUUCUGAGAUUGGGAUGCUGAAGAAUCUAACGGUUUUCGAUGUGAGUUUCAAUCAAUUGGUGGGUCCAUUACCAGAUGCUAUUGGAGGUGCAGUGAGUUUGGAGCAGCUUAAUGUAGCGGAUAAUUCCUUCUCUGGUAAAAUUCCGGCGAGUAUUUGUAUGUUGCCUAAUCUUAAGAACUUUACGUUUUCGGAUAAUUUCUUUACUGGUGAACCUCCGGCGUGUUUUGGUGUUCCGGCAAUUGAUGAUAAGGGAAAUUGUCUGCCGUCGAGGCCGUUUCAGAAGCCUCCGGGGCAAUGUCAGACAUUUUUGUCUAAGCCGCUGGAUUGUAAGUCGUUUAGGUGUAAACCAUUUGUUCCUUCUUUUGCUUCGCCACCGUCGGUGGUGACACCUUCAUCUCCGCCGUCGCCGGCAAGAUCACCUUUCUCUCCACCACCGACAAUAGUGUCGCCUAUCUCCCCACAACCGUCGGUAGCGCCACCUAUCUCUCAAUCACCGCCGGUAGUUUCACCUUCCUCUCCACCACAGCCAAUAGUGUCACCUAUCUCUCCGCCACAUCCGGUAGUUUCACCUUCCUCUCCAUCACCGCCGGUAGUUUCACAUAAAUCUCCACCACCUCGAAUAGUGUCACCUAUCUCUCCACCAUCGCCGGUAGUGGCACCUUCCUCUCCGCCACGAAUGCACUCUGCUCCGCCUGUGUAUUCACCACCACCACCACCUUCUUCAUCUACAUCUCCAAAACCACCGGUGAUAUCUCCACCGUCAUCUACUCCAAUGCCGCCGUCUCCCCCACUAAAUUCACCUCCACCGUCUGCUCCUUAUAAUGGCCAUUCGCCACCUCCAACUCAUUCUCCUCUAUCGCCCCCUCCUUCACCUGUUCAUUCAACACCACCAUCUCAAUCUCCAUCACCUUCUAUUGAAUCUCCUCCGCCACCGUCACCACCACCUUGUGAAGAGCAUUCACCUCCGCAUCCACCACCAUCUUCUUCUUCCACACCACCACCAGUAAAUGUUUCUCCACCUCCUUCCCCUGUUCAUUAUAGCUCUCCGCCGCCGCCAGCAUUACGGCCUCCUCCUCCACCAUCAUCCCCUGCAUAUGAAGGUCCUUUGCCACCCAUAUUUGGACUGCCAUACGCAUCACCUCCACCACCGCCUUUCUAUUGAUUCAUUUGAUAUCUUAUCUUCUCUUACCGUUUCCCAUUACAAACAACAACACUAGUCAGUUAUCCACGCUUUUGUUAUUUUGGUUGAGAUCGUACUCGAUUUUGCUUUGCGAUUCUCGUCGCUUAUGGUGGAAAAUUACUUAACAAGAGUUUGUGCGAGGCAUUGUAUGUUCUUGUUCUGUGUUGAUGUCUUAUGUCGUCAAAAGAAACAGUGAACACGUUGCAGAAAUAUAUAUAUAUAUAUAUAUAUAUAUAUAUAUAUAUAUGUAAGGGGUGAAAGCCUCUCUGUAUUGAUUUUAAUUGUUAUGAAUAUUUAGUUGUAAAAUGAAAAGUGGUCAAGGAUGAGUAGAUUGUGGAGAAGAAAAUGUAUGUAUGGGGAUGAAUUAGAAUUUUGAGACCACAAUUCAUGGCCACAAAAAUUUUUGCUUUCCAAUUUAUAUUAUUAUUAUUAAUGUAGUUAAUGGUUUAUGAACAUUUCCCUUCUAUUGAUUUUGUGAAAUGAGAUUUGGGAUACAACUCAUUUCCCUUGUUAGCCUCUCA